AUGUCUGGAUUAAUAAAUAUUUGUGCAUAUGGAAAUGACUCUGAGUCUGAAACUGAUGAAUGUGAAAUCAGUGCCCUUACGGUUACGGAAUUAAAGAGAUCCAGACUACCAGUACCAAAUCUAACUCAUGUACCAGCUGUUAUAACAGACCAACAUUUUGACGACCCUCAACUUCAUAGGGGUCGAAAAAGGACAUUUCCUCAUAUGAGAGGAAAUUGGACCACCUUUGUUUAUGUAAAAUACCCUGAUAAAGAAUCCCUGUUGUUAUUUGCAAACAAGUUGAAAACUUUGUUAGAUGUUAAAGAUUCUCACAUCUGUGAUGACUUUCAUUUGAGUUUAACAAAAACACUUGUUUUAAGCUACCAUACCAUUACUCCGUUUACUCAGAGCUUAAAAGAAACAUUAAGUGAUAUUGAGAGCUUUUAUUUAGGAUUCAAUUCAAUUGAAAUUUUUUGCAACGAAGAAAGAACUCGGACAUUUAUUGCCAUUAAAGCUGAUUAUUUUAGCAACAAAAGUUUAUCAGGCAUUGUGAGAAAGAUUGACAGUGUUUUAGAAGAAUUUAGAUUGGAAAAAUUCUAUGAUGAUCCAUCAUUUCACGUAAGCCUGUUAUGGAUUAAUGGUGAUCAGAAGGAAAAGCUAGAAGCCAUCUUAGAAAAGUUAAAUAAUGUUUUCAGUCAAGAAGUUGGAAAGAUAAUUAAAUCUAUUGUUAUAAACAAACUCUCCGAAGAGGCCGCGGAAGCGCGUAAUAAGCAUUUCAGGUUAUACCGCCAAGAAUUCGCUCGAAAAUUUUCUAGAGAAAACUGCAACAGAGACAUUUUUAACCGGCUUCUUUUGACUUCGGACCUUCUGUUAAGUAGCAUGAGAAGUGUAAAAAGUAGAAAACUUAAUUCUUUCUUGCCAGAAACAAUUGCUCUACUUAUGCCUGCGAAUCCGAAUGAACCUGGUAAUUCUUCAGAAAGCGAAGAUGAACAUUUGUCUGAAAAAAUAUAG